UUAUACCAACAUCCCUUAACUGCAUUGGCUCUUUUUAGGAUUUUACCUUUCUUGGCAAGAGUCUAUGUCCUUCGUCUUUUAUUUAUAAAUAAACGGGUGGGAUUGACACAUAUAGCUACUUGGUCUACUACCGAUUUCUUAAAAGUCUUAGAACCAUUACAAAGACUUGGUAUAUUCGAAAUUGGGGAAAAAUUAGUAAAUCUGAAUGCUAACUUUAAGCGUGCCCUUACGGUAGCUCUCUGCGGGGAAAAAGGUUUUUCUCCCUAUAGAACUUUAAUAAGUUCAGAUUUAGAGACACGAAUGGAUUGUUUUAAUCAAGAGGAUGACGCUAUUACCCGGUGGGAGAAAGUCUUGUGGUACUUGCUGUUUCAAGGAGGAAGUCAGCACUGGUGGAUCAGCAUUCUUGUGAGCUUGGGGUUACUGGACCACCAGCAUUUGGGAGCGACGUUAACUCAAAAAGGCUUCCAGUUUCUACUACAAGAAAGCCACUUGCAGUUGUGGGAGUUUCUGCUGUCGUAUUUAGAUUAUAGAAAAGCCGGCAAGGAAAAUCUUGAAGAAAUGGUCACGCUUUUAUUCCAAAUUACACUUUCGAAAACAGGAAAAUGUUACUUUGUAGAAAAUCUGACGGCUGUUCAGAAGAGGAUGCUGAGAGAUCUUUCAACUAUUGGGCUCGUUAACCUUCGACAAGAACCGCCCCUGGCUUACUGCCCCACGCGGCUUGCCACUAACAUGCUAAAAGGGCUCUCUAGGAAGGACGGCUCCGAGUAUCGCAAGUACAUCAUCGUAGAGACAAACUUGCGCUUGUACGCGUACACGGAACGCGCCCUCGAGAUAAGUCUCCUCCACCACUUUGUGAAGUUGACUCACCGCUUCAGUAACCUCGUGGUCGGCGUGCUAUCCCGCAGUAGCGUAAGAAAAGCGUUUCUCAAGGGAAUCACGGCAGAGCAAAUCAUCACUUACCUGACUAGCCACGCGCACCCGCAGUUGCACCAGAAAGGCCGACUGCCCGUGCCAGAGACGGUCUGCCAUUCUAUACGUCUGUGGGAGGAAGAAAUUAAACGACUGAGCUUAAGAGACGCCUACUUAUACACCGAUAUGAGUCUCAAGAAAUAUAAUAAGAUUAUUAAGAUAGCAGAAGAAAACGAUUGCUUGCUUUAUAGUGCCGCAGAAGAAAACUGUUUGUUAUUUCUUGUUGUUACGGCAGCGGGACACCAGCAGAUCAAGUCUUGGUUUAAAGAAAAAAAAAGAAACAAAUUAAAGAUUAAAAGCUUUUAA